GUCAAGGCGAAAGGAACUCGGAACUUUCACCCGGCGAAUAUCUAACGAAUACAUAUCUUAAAACCGAACAAUGGAGAGCGAAAGGAUGCUAAGGCCCACUGUGAGCUAUCAUCUGUUCCUGUACCGCCUCGAAUUGGCCCGUCGGAAUGCCCGGCAGCUGCGGCUUUCCCGCACCAAGAUCGAGAUCACCGACGAGCUCAUCUCCAAAACGGUGCGCAACCUGAAGACGUGCAGCAUGGACGACCUGAAGGCGGUCAACCGGGAGCUUCUGUUCAAGCGGAAACUGCGGAGCAACGUGUCCAAGCUGAAAAAGGAGGCCAGACAUCGGCAGCCGCUCGAGGAGAACCGAACCAAACAGGAUUAGUGGCGUAUCAAUCAGACCGCGGUGAUUUAUGGUAUAUAGCUUGUGUAAAUAAAUACUUUUGAUAAGACUUUUGCAUUGAAAACGCUUUUGAAACUUGUUCAU